AUGUCUAUCAAUAGUAAAUUUAGUGAAGACGAAAAUUCACCUUCCAAGGAUUGGGGUCAACUUGUAAUUUCACCGAAUAUGGAAUGUAUCGUUACUCUUAAUGAAGAUAAUUCUUUAACGGUAUGGAAUGUUUAUAUUGAAGAUGGAAUAUUUGAAUUGAGUAAACAAGACAAGAAUGACAAUAGAGACGUUUCACUACGUGGAUUAUCAAACGACAAGUUGUUGAUUUUUAAGGAGUAUAUCUGCAAACGUGCCUAUGCUACUUAUCGUAUCCGCAAUAUGGAGACAUUGGAAGAUAUUAGAAUAAUUCCUGAUCGAGGAUACACAACUUUGCAUCAUCUUCCAGAUGGAGAAUUUUUGUCAUUACAAUCACGAUAUUUACAUAUCUAUUCACGAGAAUCUUUAAAAAAAUCAAAAAAAUCACCGUGCUCUUAUAAGUCAAAAUUCUAUCUCUGGGGUAUAGAUCUUGUCGAUUUCGUGGAUAUUGUCCAAAUAAAUGGACUAACUUUUUUAAGUAUAAAUGACGCAAGGGUCAUACUACAAUUAAACAUCGAAACAAAGAUCAUCGAAAAUUAUUAUUACAUUCCAGAAAAAGUUGAGGAUUGGGAUCGUAGAUUGAAGUGCGUGGUAAAUCGUGAAGAAAAUUUAUUAGCGAUGAACUUCAAAUCAAAGAAAGGCCGUUUUUUCUGCGUAUAUUCGAUGAAGAAUGGACUUCAAAUUUCAAUAAGAAAAGUCGAGAAUAAGCGUGAUGACGUGACGAUACAAUUUAUAAACGUCCACGGAACUGAAAUGUUGAUAUUAUAUUCACUAGUUGAUGGCCAAAGCAAAAUUUAUUUUGAGCUGAUGUGUCCUUAUGAUCCUGAAUGCAUUCUUAAGGAUGAAUAUGAUAUACCCGACGUUGACGUUCGAAAAUGCAUGAUCGUGGAGGCACCAACACCCAUAUCACAAUAUAAAAUUCUCUUUACCACCGAGAAUCAAAUCAUGAUGAUAAACUUUAUCAUAUCUGAGGACAUCAUUAAAAACUAUCCUGAUCCGAUGAUGCAUCCUCACAACUUGGUUAUGUAUUAUAGUUUCAAUGACAUCAAGAAUUCCUCCUAUUGUUCAUAUGAUUUUGAUUAUACUUGUAAAGGAAAAAAGUUGGAGUGGAGAUAUAAUGAGGGUAAAUUGUUCGUUUAUAAAAUUGAUGAAGCAUUAUAUGAAAAGAAAAAUGUUGAAGCGUUAUGUGAGAAGAAAUUAAGAUUUAAUUUUAAGAAACUAAAAAUCUUGAGUAAUGAUGAUGUGGUAAUUUAUAGUGAUGAUAGUGAUAAAUUAAAAAAUGGUACAAUUUUUAUCUUCGACUAUAAUGAAUCGAAAAAUAAGAUCGAGCUUCGAUAUUUUUAUCAUUGUAUUGAAGAAUUUCGCAAUUGUACAAGUCUUCCAAACCCAAGCGUAGAUUUAUUCUUUCGAAUUAAUUCAAGAUCUGACAGGAUUUACAUGUUUGAUGAGCUUCUAGGCUCAAGAAAGUAUCUCAUAGAAAUGAUUGAUGACUUCAUUAAUUAUGCUAUAGUGUGGAAAGAAAGUAAAACCUUAGGCACCAUCUUUAACAGGCUAUAUGAAUUUUUUAAUGAGGAUACAAUGGAAAAUUAUAGAAUCUGUUGCAUUAUCACAAAACAAGUUAUUUGGAAUUGGAAAAUUUAUAUUGUUGAUCCAUGGAAUUGGUUCGAUCUUUCCGCAUAUUUUUUCCCGGUAUUCACUAGUAUUUACUGGUUAUUCUACGAAAAACCUCCAUUACCACUGAUAUCUAUAUCAAAUCUAUUCUUACAUUUUAAAUUUAUGACAUAUUUGCGAGCUUUUUGUUAUUUUGGUCCUUACUUUACUAUUAUCAUUGGCGUGGCUAGGAGAAUCAUUUACUUUUUAUUCGUCUUAUUUCUUAUAAUAAUCAGCUUCGCACAUGCUUUCUACAUUAUUCUGACGCCAAAUGAAAAUUAUGAUUUAGAGCAACCUGUUAAUAAUAAUGAUCCAAAUAAUCCCUGGAAUCUAGUCAAUAAAUAUCAAUCGGUUACCCCUGAAGGAAAAAUCAAUUCCGAAAUCGUAUUUGUUCAACAACCCGAUUCCAAUGUAAAUCAAUUUUCCACUUAUCAAUCCUCGUUAUUCGCCAUGUACUUGUUUUUAACAGGAGAUUCUUCAGCAUUUAGCUCAUGGUCAGUUCAGGAAAAUCCAUUCAUGGCAAUACUGUUAACCAUGUUUUCAUUCAUGAUCGUGGUUUAUCUCAUGAAUUUGUUCAUUGGAUUGCUCAAUUUGGAAAUUGAAGAAAGUAGGGCUAGUUCCCUUGUUUUACUUCAAAAAGCAAGGAUCUUGGCCGAAAUUGAGCUAUUUCUUUUACUUCCACAUCAACGAAGGUGGCAUCAUUGGUUUCCGGAUACGAUAUAUUAUGAGAUGCCAAUUGAAGAGGUCAGACAAAUGAUUAUCAAAAUAAUCGAAAGUCCUCCAUCAGAUAAUAAACCAUUCAUUUCUAAUAAAUUGAGAAAGUUGGUCGAUUUGAAAGAACGUGAAGAAACAAUAGAUUAUAAAAAAUUAAUAAUUGAUAUGAAAGAUGAUUUUACAAAACAAAUGGAAAGUCGCCUUGAUGAAAUAAGAAUCCUUUUGAAUAAGAAUUAUGAAUCUGAAAACGAAAAGUCGGAAAAAACGAUUAGUGAGAUAACAAUUGAAGUUAACGAUGAAUCAAACUAA